CGCACAUUUUGCUACGCUCCAGCUCCAUCGACUAUCGAGUGCUUGCUGGACGCCGGGGCCGGGCAAUGGAUCCGGGCAGCGCGGAGAUCGUUUUCGACUGCGAUUUCUUCCGGAUAUACAGCGACGGUCGCGUCGAGCGUUUCGCCGGCAUGGAAACCGUGCCCGCGGGCUUCGACGCCGACACCGGCGUCACCUCAAAAGACGUGGUCGUCGACGCCGCCACCGGCAUCGCGACGCGGCUCUACCUGCCAGCCAUCCCUACGGCCCCGUCAUCUCCCCAGUCGGACGGCAACGGCAACGGCAACGGCAGCGCCACGGCGAAGCUUCCCAUCCUCGUCAUCUUCCACGGCGGCGGCUUCGUCAUCGGCUCACCGGCUGAUCCUGGUUUCCACCGCUACAUGAACUCGCUGGUCGCUAGCGCCCGCGUCGUCGCUGUCUCCGUCGGCUACCGCCUCGCGCCCGAAAACCCGCUCCCUGCAGCCUACGAGGACUCCUGGACCGCGCUCAACUGGGCUGUUUCCGGCGCGGACCCGUGGCUGUCCGCCCACGGUGACCUCGGCCGCGUCUUCGUGGCCGGUUACAGCGCCGGGUCGAACAUCGCCCACAACAUGGCCAUCGCCGCGGGCGUCAGAGGCUUGCGCGCCGCGGAACCACCACGAGUAGAAGGCGUGAUCCUGCUCCACCCUUCGUUUGCCGGUGAACAGAGGAUGGAAGAAGAGGAUGACAGAUUCUGGCAAGUUAAUAAGAGGAGGUGGAAGGCCAUCUUCCCCGGUGCGAGAGACGGGCUGGACGAUCCGAGAAUCAACCCGGUCGUCGCUGGCGCGCCGAGCUUGGCGAAGCUGGUGGGCGAGCGGCUGCUCGUGUGCACGGCGUCGGAGGACCCGAGGGCACCGAGGGGCCGGGCAUACUGCGAGGCGGUGAGGGCCAGCUGUUGGCCGGGAAAGGUGGAGAGCUUCGAAUCACAAAACGAGGGACACGGGUUCUUCGUUUCCGGCCACGGCAGCACCCAGGCCAUUGCGCUGAUGGAUCGAGUGUUCGACUCCCUUAUGACGCCAAUGAUAGCUAGGGUUGCUACUGUCUCUUUGCGCCCGACUCUGGCAAUCGGCGUGGAUCAGCCAUCCCUAAACUACCACAGCAGUCAGCGACUCGUUAACCCUUCAGAUAAGGCUCUAUCUCCAUGGAAUAAGACGACACCACCUAUUUCUUAGCUGCUACUGUCACCGCGCGCUGCUUUGAGCAAAGCGUCACGCGCGCUGUGUAGGUAGGCCGUAGGCGAUAGGCCUCUGGCAGGACUAUACAUGUCUAUAUGGACGGGUGGCUAGGUCCACCACAAUUGAGAUCGUGACGGUCCAAUUAGCAAGCGAGCCGUGUCGUGUUUGCCCACGGGCCUCGAGCGAGACCACCAUUGAGAUCGUGCCGGUCCGAUCAAAUUAGCAAGUGGGCCGUGUCGUGCUUGUCCAUGGGCCUCGAGCGAGACCUAGACAUGACACACUAAGUUAGCGAGACCUAGACACGACACACUAAGGUAUUAGCUGUGACGGCACGGGUCGAUCCACGGUCCGACAGAUCUAACGAAACUAUAAUUGUAUAUGGUGUUUAAAUAAUAAAAAAUAUGUU